CUGGUAUUACCUACCAAAUUUCUGGUCUCGCCAUUAAUAAUCGAAUUAACGAACUUCCCGCUAUCGUUAGUGACGUUUUUUUAUUAUUUAUUUAACAUGAGAUUAGGGCACUUUCAUAUAAAUAAAACCGAUGCGAAGGUACCGGCAUGUAAUACAGUUUCGCGACUGUACCAGUAAAUCAGCAGAGAACAAGUCCUCCAAAAUGAUUGGAAAAGUUCUAGCGGCUUUUCUGCUCGCUUUCGUUUUAUCCGAAAGUUAUUCAUCCGCCGCGUCGACGUCCCACGUUGUAUGUUACCACGGCAACUGGUACUCCUACAAGAACGGAAAUGGGAAAUACACGCCGGAAAACAUCGACCCCAACCUUUGCACGCACAUCAUCUACAGUUUCCUUGGACUUAAAGCCGACGGAACCAUUUAUCAUAUCGAAGAUUGGUUAGACUUGGAAGGGGGGAAUCUGGAAAAAUUCGUCGCUCUCAGAAACAAGAACAAGAACUUGAAGGUUUUGGUCGCCUUGGGCGGCUGGAACCACUCCAAGAACUUCGGAGCUGUGGCCGCAUCUCCGGCCGCCAGGGCUAGGUUCCUGAAGACUUCCUUGGAGCUCAUCGAAAGGUUCGGUCUGGAUGGGCUCGAUUUCGACUGGGAAUACCCCACCAAACGCGACGGAUCCUCACCAGCCGAUUACCAAAACUUCAUUACACUCCUCAAAGAAUUCAAAGAGGAAUUCGAGAAGAGAGGACUCCUGUUGACCAUCGCCGUGUCUGCCUCACCUUCGUCCGUAAAUUCCUCUUACGAUGUACCCAAAGUAUCGAAGUACGUGGAUUUGAUCAACGUGAUGGCCUACGAUUUGAACGGCGCUUGGAAUAAAGUAACCGGACACAACGCUCCUUUGUACGCGUCGUCCAAAGAAACCGGCGCCCAAAGGGAACUCAACGUCGACGCCGCCAUCUCCAACUGGCUCGCCCAAGGCGCCGCUCCGGAGAAACUGGUGCUCGGCAUCCCGACCUACGGCAGAGCCUUCAGGCUCGCCUCCACCAGCGACGUUUCGUUGGGAGCCCCGGCUUCGGGCCCCGGCGACCAAGGCAAAUACACCGGGGAAAGCGGAUUUCUCGGAUACAACGAAAUCGUGGAAUUGAGGCAAGAAGGCGGUUGGACUUACGUGUGGGACGACGAACAGAAAGUACCUCACAUGUACAAAGGGCUCCAAUGGGUUGGUUUCGACGACGUCGAAGCCGUUACUACUAAAGUUAAAUACGCGCAGGAGAAGAACCUUGGAGGUGUAAUGGUGUGGGCGCUUGAAACCGACGAUCACCAUGGAUUAUCCGGAAUCAAAAACCCCCUGCUCACCGCCAUUUCCAAACAAUUAGACCGCAAAGUUCCAGCCGGCGACGAUCCCACCACGGUGACUCCUUCCGGGGCCGGUGGGGAAUCGUCGAAACCGCCGACGGUGACGCCUUCGGCGCCUUCUUCGGGAGUAUGCACGUCGACCGGAUCGGUCCGGGACCCGAAGGACUGCAGCAAAUUCUACAUUUGCAGCAGCGACAACGGGCGCUUCGUGGCCACGGCCCUCUCGUGCCCCGGCGGAUUGUACUUCGAUACAAAGUACCAGGCCUGCAAUUACAAGGAGCAGGUGCUCGACUGCUGAGCGAACGGGGGGUUUUUUUAAUGAAUUCGCGCUUAUCGGGUUUGUAGAUUGGUUUAGUUUAGAUUUAAAUAAAUGAGUAUU